AUGUCGGUUUUCGAUUCAUUUUAUCAAGAUUUGAAAAACACUGAAAAUGCAGACGCAGUUCUCACAUCAGAACAACAAAUUGAACGAUUAUUGAAACCAGGAUCAACUUAUUUGAAUCUCAAUCCAUUCGAAGUUCUACAAAUUGAUCCUGAAACAGAUAUCGAAGUUGCCAAAAAGAAGUAUAAAAAAUUAUCACUUUUGGUGCAUCCAGAUAAAAAUCCGGAUGAUCGGGAAAGAGCUGAUAAAGCAUUUGAUAGUUAGUUUUUUGACCUUGGGGUUUUAAUAUAUACAUUAAAUUUUCAGUUAUCAAAAAAGCAUUGAAACAAAUUGAAGAUCCUGUCGAAGUUAACAGAUGCAAAGAUUGUUAUACAGAAGCAAGAGCAAGGUUGAAUAUUGUUGUAAGUUUAACAAUUUAUCAUGUAUUUUCUAAUUUUAAAAUUAUUAAAGAUGGCUGAGAAAAAACGUAAACUUCGAAAAGAGGGAAAAGAAGAUAUAAUUGAAGAAGAUGAUCCAGCUGGAUUCAGAAAAGCUUUGUGGGUUACAGUUUGUAAAGUUUUUGCUGAUCGAGAGAAAAAGAGAAAGAUGCUUGCAGAUCGAGCUGAUGAAGAAAAAGUAAGGAUUUACAUUUUUUUCUAAUUGUAAAUAAAUUUUCGAAAAAAUGUUAUUUUUUCAGACGAAGGGCUACUGAAUUGUUGACACAGGCUGCAGAAAAAAGAAAAUUGGCCGAAGAAUUUGCGAAAAAUUACGAAGAAUCGAGAGAUGAAAGAAGUGGAAGUUGGAGAAAUUUUCAAGCUAAGAAAGCAAAGAAAGAAGAAAAAGGAAAGACAUUGAGAGGAGCUGCUUUCAAACCACCAAAAGUUAAAAUCCAAAAAUAA